UGACGCAUUCGUUUUCGUUUUCGCAUUCGUUUAGUCAUAGAUACAAGGGUGUUGGACGCAUUCUUUUUGAGAACGUUUUGGCGGCAAGAUUUCUAUUUGUUGCAGACGUCUGGAAGACAUCGUUUCACAACAGUUGAUCGAGAUGCCGUUCACGGUAGUUGUCUUCGGCGAUGAAACCGUGGAUUGUGUUCCCACAUCAUGGCUGGAGAGGAAGAAGAAUAAGCUGAUGUGCUACUGGCCAGGUGGGAAGCAGGUGAAAAGGAGAAUCGUUAACCAGGAGAUUCCGGACAAAAAUGUGUGGCUGGAACACGAAGUUAGGAUCAUAGGCAAAAGUGAAUAUCAGGACUAUAAGACCGCUUGUAUACGUGCAAAGAGGGCAGAAGAGACGUCUAACGUAGAUUCCGAUGAAGGGAAAAGACUGGGUAAAAAUAAGAAGCCACAGCGGUACCAAAGCUCCGCAUAUGAAACAAGUGGUGAUGAUAGUGGUGAUGAUCAAGGUGUACACGUAUCAGCUGAAUACAAUCAGUUAGAAAUAAUAGAUAUGCCCUCUGCACCAGAAUUAGCUGCAAGUAAGCAAAAUGAGUCCUCACUGGAAGACACCAAUACACCUCGCCGGGAUCUGCCUCGUGAUAUUGGCAACAACGCGCAGUUGGCUUUGUCACAGACUCGUCGCCGGGAUGUGUCGCG